AUGGACGUACAUAUCAUUUCGGUGGACACAAUCAAGCCAUCUUCCCCAGCUCCAAACCACCUCACAGACGUGAAGCUCUGCUCACUCGACCACCUCAUUCCAGCCGAUUACGCCCCCGUCAUCUUCUUUUACCCCGAUCAAAAUAACUCCAAACUUCUCCACAACUUGCCCCUCCUCAAACAAUCGCUAUCCCAAACUCUUUCGCGGUUUUCCCCGCUUGCGGGCACCAUCAAAGACGAUCUCUCGAUCGUCUGUGACGAUCGAGGCGCGCGUUUUGUCACGGCAAAGGCCGAGAAUCUCCUCCUAGGCGAUUUUCUCGAGAGCCCGGAUCUUAAGGUUAUUGCCAAGCUUCUCCCCUGUGGGCCUGUUCGGAAAUCGGCAGAUUGUGUCGCCAAUAUACAGGUGACCGAGUUCGAAUGUGGCGGCGUUUCGAUCGGAGUUUGCGUAUCGCACAAGAUUCUCGAUGGGGUCGGUUUGAGCACUUUUUUGAGAAGUUGGGCAUGUUCGGCUAGCUCGCCUGAGGAGAAAAACCCCGCCAGGCCUGAUCUUUCUGCACCUUCGAUUUUUCCGGCUGCUGACGUGUCGCUAAGAGAUUCGUCUAUGGCCAUGUGGGGUUCUUUGAUGAGGGAGGGCCGGUUUGUGACCAGGAGGUUCGUGUUUGAUGGGUCGAGAAUCGAGAUUCUCAAGGAACUUGCAGCUGCUGGGUCGACCCGUGAUCGCCCCACACGAAUCGAGGCCGUCUCUGGAUUCAUAUGGAAAUGUGCGGCUGCGGCUUCUGAAGAGAGGUUUGGGCACAAAAGGCCUUCUUUCGUUACUCAUUUGGUAAAUUUACGCAAAAGAGCAUCUCCGAAUCUGCCGCAAGAGUCCUUCGGGAAUCUUCUUUGGUUGGCGAGUGCGCAAAAUACUCGCGUCGUGAAUGAAAACGUUGAGUUUUCUGAAUUGGUGGGUGAAGUGAGGAAAAGUAUAUCGAGAAUCGAUGGAGAUUUCGUCAAGGAAAUGCAAUGUGGUGAGGGAUUGAAGUUUAUGCGGACAUGUCUUGAGGAGAUUAGAAAACUUGGGAGUGAGGAUCAUGUGGAUCAUUAUGGUUUUAGCAGCUGGUGUAAGCUGGGUUUUUAUGAUGUUGAUUUUGGGUGGGGAAGGCCUGUUUGGGUGAGCAGCAUUGAUGCAAGUGGUCCAUUUUUUAUGAAUCUGAUUAUUUUGGUUGAUAGGAGGUUUGAUGAUGGGAUAGAAGCUUGGGUGACUUUGGAUGAAGAAGAGAUGGCUAUUUUAGAAGAGCUUUUAUUCCUGGCCCUGGCUGUAAGGUUCCUAGGUUGUGUCGAGACGCUCCCAGAGGCCAACCAUAGUUUUACAAGCUAUUCAACUUUCCUUACAUCCUUACUGAGCUAUAAGGUCCUAAACCAUCAUGCUCGAGCUUUUGGACUCUUAGAGCAUCAUAACCAAGCUCACAACCACCUACCCGAGUUGUUAAGUGUAUUGGUCGUCCUCAUCGAGCUGCAAACUCACGACCACUUACUCGAGCUGGUUCCUUGA